CACGACGAGAUUUAUGUUGGCUGCCCUUUUCGCAGUCAGAAUAACCAAACCAAAGUUCGAUCAUGUGCUGAAUGUCUCGUGUAAACAACGGAUUUUUUGGUUAUGGCUUCGUCCCCGAAUUUUGAUUUAAAAGAGCGAUUAGAUAUUAGUUUGAAAGAUACAGCGGCUCUAAGUUCACUAUGCAGAAAUAUAGCUUUCGAAAUAGAAUCAGGUUCCAUGAAACUUUGUACAUUUGUGGAGAUACUAGGUUCCUACAUGACAGACCAAAAUGUUCUUACCAGGGAGAAGGGGGUUACGGCUCUUUCCUCCGUUUUGUCGCAUCUACCCCAAGAUUAUCUCACUGAAUCAGAAUUGUAUUUUAUUACAACGUUUUAUUGCGACAGGAUGAAGGAUCAUUACAGUAUUAUACCAUCUGUACUAAAUGGUAUCCAAGCAAUUGUGUAUAUGACUCAUUUACCUCACACUGCACCAUCGUCCUUAUUAAAAGUUAUGUUUGAACAUGUACAAUGUCAGUCUCAGCUGUUACCUGAACGUUGCAAAAUAUAUUUAAUACUUAAAAAUUUGAUAGAGAAUAGAUCAGACGAUUUGAGAUCUAUGGGACCAGAUUUAGUUUAUGGUGUUAUCAGCUCUAUGGAUGGUGAAAGAGAUCCGAAUAAUCUCAUGCUACUGUUCAAUAUGCUACCACAUUUUAUAAAAGAAUUUCCAUUGGGUCAUUUAACGGAAGAGAUGUUUGAAGUUAUGGCGUGCUAUUUUCCAGUUGAUUUUAAUCCUUCUGGCGUGGAGGAUCUAAAUGUAACACGAGAAGAUUUAGCAGAAAAAUUGGUGCCCUGCUUAUGCGCUGUACCAGAGUUUGCAGAUUAUUGCUUACCCCUUAUACUUGAUAAAUCAUAUUCUACUCUCAGGGUUGCUAAACUUGAUUCUUUAAAUCUACUACGUGAAAGUGUUCAAACAUUUGGGCUGUCAAAAAUAGAAUCUUACCUACCAGACUUGUGGACAACUUUAAAGAAAGAAAUAGUGCCAGGAAGAGACGUCGAAAUAAGAGACGUGGCUUUACAAGCGAUGACAUCUUUAAUUAGAGUUACAUCGAUCGAGGAAAAUAUUUGCAAAAAUUUUAUUGACAAAAUAAUCGCUGAUAUAAAAUCGUCCUUGUGCGAUGUGCAACUUAGUUUGUAUAGACCUGUCCAAACGCUACUGGAAACGAUAGCCACGAUAAACAAAACAAUAUGUGUACAAAUCUUGCAAGUUGUAGUACCUCUAUGUAUCGGACAAUAUUCUACAAAGAAUUCAUUAAACGAUAAAAUCGCAUUGAUAGAAACUUUAAAUAAUUUUAUGAAAAUAUGUUCUAAUUACGAUUUCUGUAUUCAAGAUGUUCCAGAGUUAUCAUGGACGAAUAUACCUCAAACAUAUUUAGAUGGCUUGACAAUAGAAAGUUUUGAAUUAAAAAGUAAAAUAUUCUUUGGUUUAACAAUCCAAAAGGCACAUUUGAAUGACGUACAACGCUCUACAUUAUAUAAUGCGAUAUGCAAUGAAAUUGAAACAGGAUGCGAUAAAAUACAAAUUAUAUGUCACACAACUAUUAUAGAUUUUGCUGCGUUAUACCUUGAAGAAAUAUCAAUGUUAGUUAAAGAGAAAUUGUUAUCAAACUCAGAUGAAACGGACGUAGAAUUACUGAAACGUAGAAUAAAGGCUUUAUCGGCAAUUGCAAAAAUACGUCAACUAGGCUGUGUAAUACUUCCGAAAAUUGUUACGAUGUUAACAGACACCGUUGAUACCGAUAUAUGUAUCACAAUAUUACUGAAUAUCCAGAAAUUAGUUGCUUUAAAGAAAUCUGAUUACAACAUACAUCAAUUUUUAUACAAGGAAUGCCAUAUUAUUGAUAAAUUAAUUUCAUACGAGACAAAUGUUGUCGAUCACAAAAUGUUGAUAUCUAAUAUCUGUCAGUUAAUUAUACGAAGUCUUACAAUCGAAGAACAACGUGCGAUCGUAGCGAAAUACGCUGCGGCUUUAGAUACAAAAAUUCCCGAAACUGACGUAACUAUAAUGAUGAAUCUUUUCAUUUCUUUACGGAAAGAUAUCAAUUUGAACCUAAAUAAUAAUACGGUGGAAAAUCUGUACAAUCUAGCAACUAGCAAUUGCAAUCUGAAUAUAAGACAAACAAGCUGUAAAUUUCUGUCUGUGUUAUUAAAUAAGAUGAAGGUGUCGGAUCUCGAUAAGAUUGUUUCUUAUCUAGAAGACAAAAUAAAUAAUAAUUUAAAUGCGAAUAAUGACAUUGAAUUAAAGCAACAUACAGUUCACUUUCAAAUUUGGAUGACUAAAGCACUCGUCAUGAGAGGAUACGCAAAGUCUCAAUACUUUCUGGAAAAUCUAACACAUUUAUUAACUCAUGAUGAAAUAGGUCAAUUCAUAGGUGAACGAUACCAAAUUUUAGUAAGCAAAUAUGAGGAUAUUUUGAUAACGGAAAAUUUCUGCGACGUGAAAAUUUUUUAUAAACAAAGAGUGUUCGAAUAUUUGUUGCGACAAAAUAUUAAUUUGACAAGCACAACCAGACAGAAUUAUCUUAUUGCUUUGGUACAUUUAUUAGAACAAAUGCCUGAAGAAUUAUUAUUCUUGCAUUUAACUGAGUUGGUGCCGCUGUUGAUCGAAUCUCUGUCUCUUAACAAUGAACAUUUAGUUCUCUGGGCAUUGACGUCAUUUAAACUUUUACUUGAUACUAAACACGACGUGUUUUCUGAUAAUUUACAAUGUGUUAUACCAAGGCUUAUGCAAUUAUCAACGCAUCGGAUUAUGGAUGUUAGAAUUGCGGCUCUAGAAUGCCUAGCGCAUUAUAGUAAUUAUCCCAUUAUUCUAAUCAAUCCAUACAAGCAGACUGUAUUAGACAAAUUGGGGAUAAUAAUCGACGAUCGCAAACGUUUAGUCAGAAAGGCUGCGGUGGAAGCGAGGAUACGAUGGUAUCUAGUAGGUGCAUCUGGUGAACAGUCGAAGGAAUAAACGAUAUCGUUGUUUGAUUUUGUAUAGAUAUAUCUAACGAUAUCUAUGAUUUUUAUAAAUAUUUUUUGCUUUACUUUAUAUUCUGAAAAAUGUAAAUUUGUUAUAAUUAAAUAUUAUCACGUUAUAAAUCUAUAAAUUUGUAUUU